AUAUUUUAUCAAAAUCGCAGACGAAUUAUAUAACCCCGUGAACUAUUGAAUACAUAAUCGCCAAAAACGGCUUCCGACCAAAUCUACUUUCCUGUAUAUGCAAUAUGCAAACCACGAUCGCCCAAUCAUGAGCCCCCUCCCCCGAGUCAACAUCGACCAGCCCAAAUAUGACCAGAAUUCGUACCUAGGCAGAGCCAAGCACUUCUUCCUGCUGACCAACCCGCUCAACGUGUUGGCCUCCGCCGCCAAACUGGAGGAGGCCCGCCAAAUCGUGCUGAAGUAUCGGGCCGGCAAGGAUGUGCCGGAGUGCAAGACCAUCGACGACGUGUGGCGGGCCAAGUACCUGUACGAUUCGGCCUUCCAUCCGGAGACGGGCGAGAAGCAAAUAGUCAUUGGGCGCAUGGCUGCGCAGAUGCCCAUGAACACAUUCAUUACCGGCGGCAUGAUGGCCUUCUACAAGAGCACGAGCGCCGUUGUCUUCUGGCAGUGGUGUAAUCAGACGUUCAACGCGAUCGUUAACUACACGAACCGAUCGGGAACCUCGCCGAUCAGCCAACCGCAACUGCUUACCUCGUACUGCCUGGCGACCAGCGGAGCCCUGGUCACGGCCUUGUCGCUCAACCGGGCCGUGAAGAACAUGAACCCGCUCCUGGGCCGCCUGGUGCCUCUUGUGGCGGUGGGAGCGGCCAACUGCAUCAACAUCCCCUGCAUGCGAAUGCAAGAGCUGCAAAACGGAGUGGUACUACUGGAUGAGAACAACAACGAAAUGGGCAUAUCAAAAAAGGCAGCCGUCGUGGGUAUCUCAGCCGUUAUCCUGAGUCGAAUCGCCAUGGCCAUCCCGGGAAUGACCCUCACGCCGAUGCUUAUGAACACACUAGAGAAGCGAGGAUUCCUGGCCAAAUACCCCCGCUCCAAUGCCCCCAUCCAAACGCUCUUCUGCGGCUUCGUGCUGAUCUUCGCCACGCCCCUGGGCUGUGCCUUCUUUAAGCAGCGGGCGGGCAUCAAGGUGGACAGCCUGGAGACGGAGGUGCGUGACAGCAUCAAAAAGAAACGCCCAGAUCUGGACACCGUGUGGUUCAACAAGGGCCUGUGAGCCCGUCUGCAACUUACGAGCUUAAACAAGACAAUAUUGCUUGGUUGAGUCGCCUAUUUAUUUACUCACUUUGCAUUUAAUAGAAUUUUGCCUAUUAAGUUUUGUUUUAAAUACUCAUGAGAUUAUUCCUUUACAAAGCGAGACAUCAGGGCAUUCAAUUAUACAGCGUAUUUGGUAGUGAUUGUGUACAAGUAAAAGAAACCAAAAAUAAAUUCUGUUAACUGUUAAA